CCCAGAGAGUGCGUGGAGCACAGGGAGGAGAGGGGGUUUGGCGUUGAAGCAGCAGAAAUGGCCAGCAAAGUGUUGGAUCUGUUGUACUGGCGAGAUUUGGGGACCACCGGGCUGGUGUUUACAGGUUUGGUUGUGGGUUUGGCUUGUUUGUUUCAGCUCAGUGCCAUUACAAUCAUGUCCAACCUCGGCUUGGGCAUCUUGGCCUUCACCCUCCCUGUGCGCCUUCUUUACAAAGGACUGGAGCUGGUCCAUUUCAGUGAUGGAUCUCACCCUUUUCAGUCAUAUUUGGAUGAGGACCACACACUGACAGAUGAGGACACGGUCCGCAUGGCUGAACAAAUCGUUCUGCUGAUUGCUUCGGCUGUCACCGAGCUGAAGAGGCUUUUCUUCAUCGACAGCAUCAUGGAUUCAGUGAAGCUCUUUGGAUUGCUGUAUCUGCUGACCUAUGUGGGGGUCCAAACCAAUGGUCUCACACUGGUGAUGACUGGUGUGAUAUUUGCUUUCUCUCUGCCACUGCUGUACAGACUUCAACAGAAGAGGAUUGAGAAGAUUAUCAAAGCAAUCAAAAAACUUGUGGAGAAAACUACUGAAAUAGUUAAUUUUGUGGUAUCACUGGUCAAGCCUCCACCAGCACCAGCCCCUGCACCUUCCCCUGCCCCCACACCAAAACAUAAACAGAAGACUAAAUGAAGAGGAAGGAGAAAGAAAUGGGGGUUAGGAGUGUCCAGUAGGCUGAGCAAAGAAAGUGUUACAGUGCAGCUGUGGCCCUGUGUGUUACCUGUGUAUGUCACCUGGGUAUACCUAGGUAGGCAGGGUUGAGGGGGUUAUGAACAGGCGUUAUAUUUUAAAGUAAGUUUCUUAUGGUGCUAAGAGAUUGUUUAAUGUAAAUUCAGCAACAGGCUUCUGAAUAAGAAGCUCACAGAGUCCCUUAUCAAAAGUAUGCCAAAUGUCUAAUGUUAUUGUAUUCAGUUAUUUAAAUCACAAUGUAUUUUAUAACUAGUAACUCUACAUAGCUGUUUAGUGUUCAUAAUUACUGGUUAAUUUUCUACUGAUUUUCACAGAAGUCUUUAAAAACCUAGUGACAGUUGCUAGUAUGUUUUUGUCCACUAGAGGGUACAAUGAGAUCACAAAAUCACAACAAAUCUGGGCCAGCAACAUUUUGGAAAAGUUCUGUAAUGUAAAUUCUUCCAAAAAUGUUGGAGCUAACAGUUUGGACAAGGAUUGUUUUCCUAAUUUGGAUUUUAAUACUCAUGUUGUACAUUAAUGGAAUGGAAGCUAAUGCGGACUAAAUGUUUAAUGUCAGAAUGUUUCAAAUCAAAAGUUUUAGAAUCAAUUUAAAACAAGUCAUGUUUUGCUUAUAUGUCAUUGUUCGUCAUUUGUGCAACAUGACCCCCAGUAAACACGUGUUUUCAGUGUUAUUUGCCUUUUCUUUGCAUGUGACAACAUAGAAAACAUCACAUCGUACAUUUUUGGGCUUGCUCAGAAAUUCUUCUUUUGUGGCAAAUGAGCAGCUGUUGAGGAUGGAACCUCAUCCGAGAAAACUUAGAAAAGUCUGAAGGAAAAGCAAUUUCAAAGCAUUAAGACAUUCAGGCUAAUGGUUGCAGAUGAGGUUCUAAUGCUCAACAGAAAUAAAUAUAUGAUGUCCUUUGAUGUUCAAAUACUUCUAUGCUUGGAUGAAGAUAAACAAAAUCUGGUAAUUGUUGUCACAGGCUUGUAGGAGAGUAUCUGUACCAUCCGUAAAAUAACAUUAAUGUGUCAGUAAUUAUGGAGGGAACUGUUUUGAAAAGCACAAGAACAUUUAGCACACUACAGGAUGACAGUUUCCAUGAGCACAGUAGGAGCAUGUCAGGAAGAACACACCGAUGCUCCACUGACAAGAACAAUUGCACUCUAAGGAACAUUUCCUAUCCAUUGCAAUUUUAAAUGUCCUUCUUCUGAGUGAGUUUAGCUUUAAAUUACCCCUGUAUAUUAUAGUAGUGGGAAUUAUCAAGAUGAGCACAUGAAGAAAACUGGGACUUUAGUAGUGGUUCAAUUUAUUCAUCUUCAAUGAAUUACUAUAGGUGCACAAUUAAAAUGGAAUGUAGUGGAAGAGUCUAGGCUUUUUUGUUUUUGUUGCUCUGGGUCGAACUGCUCCU